AUGUUUUCAACGAUAGCUAGAUCAAACGUUAGACCGAUUGCCACCUCUUGUCUAUUUAACCGUCCGUUUAGUCAAUCUUUCAUUAUUCUAAAGAAAAAGUCUACCCCUAAUGAAAAAGUCGAAGAAGAUGAAGUUGACGUAAAUGAACUUCUGACAAAGGCUGAAGCUCAAUUUAAGAAGACGUUAGAAACACAGAAACAGAAACUGAAUGAAAUGAAACAGGGGAAUUUUAAUCCCAAAGUAUUUGAUGGUCUGAUGUUCAAAAACAACAAAAAAUUUACAGAUAUUGCAACCACUUCUCUUAAAGGUAAGAAUGCACUCCUAAUAACCGUUUUCGAUCCUAAAGACGUGAAAACUGUAGUAAGUGGGGUUCUUGCCGCCAACUUGAACUUGACUCCUGAAAGAAUUCCAAAUAAUGAUUUACAAUUGAAAGUGUCAUUGCCACCACCAACGACAGAAUCGCGAUUAAAAGUAGCCAAAGACUUGAAAAAAGUCUUCGAAGAUUAUAAACAGUCCUCAUUAAAGGAAUCAAUGGGGACCAUCAGAGGUAGUAUCCUCAAGGAAUUUAAAAGUUUUAAGAAAGAUGACUCCGUUAGGAAAGCCGAACGUGAUUUGGAAAAACUUCAUAAAGACUACGUUAACGAGUUACACAAACAAUUCCUACAAGUUGAGAAAAGUAUUGCAAAAUAA